AUGAACUCCAAGUUUCUGUCCGGGGUUCUGUCUGACUUGCUGGGAUCUCCGGUGCUGAUUUUUUCCCUCGGGCUUAUGCUCACUGGAGUUCUUAAUAUGGCCUUUGCUGCCGUCAGCACGGUUCCCCUCUUCACUGCGAUCUGGGUUCUGAAUGGCCUCUUCCAGGGCUGCGGAGCGACCCCGUGCAAUAAGAUGCUGGUGAACUGGUUUCCAGCCAGAAGUCGCGGGAAGUGGUGGAGUAGUUGGAAUGCGUCUCACAACAUCGGUGGCUUCUUAAUUCCACUCCUGGCAGGAGGCUUGGCUGCGAGGUUCGGGUGGCGCUACGGGAUGCUUGGGCCGGGAGCCAUCGCCGUCUUCGCUGGACUCCUCGCCCUUCUCACCAUGAAGGACUCGCCAGAGAAAGCAGGCUUGCCUUCUGCGGAGGCCGAGAGCGGCAGCUCCCGCCUCGCCCGGCGGGGCCUCGCCCGGCGGGGCCUCCGCCUCGUUCCAGUGCGGCAUCGCUGCCGGCUUCUUUACGACGGCUCUGCUGAAUCCGUGGGCCAGGGCCGCAAUGCAAAAAUGGAUCGUGCACUUUACUUGGCGAUUGUCAAUGGUCGGCCGUUCUUCAGCAGGGCCAACUGGCGAGAACCAUAUCGAGGCAUCACACAGACGCUUACACAGCGGUCUCUCUCGACCGGCAUUUACUUUCCACUCGAGGAGCUGUGUGUUCGUGCCACGGGUUCUCAGGCCUUGGGCGGACAGGCUGGAGGAGUGUUGUGCGGCGUCCUCCUGAAUCCUUUGAGCUAUGUGAAGUAUCAGAUGUGGAAGGAAGACGAUGUGCGACGAUCCUUUAAUCAGACUGCAAUGCGCAUGCUGCGCAAGGUUGGCCCCAAGGUUUUCCUUCGAGGCAUCAUUUCGACGGCAUUUCGCGACGGAACCUUCGGGCUAUGCUUCUCUUUGCGAAAGUUCUUCCAGGGAAGCGGCCCAGAGCCGAGGAGGUCACAAAGUGCUCAUGACUUCUGUGUUGCUGUGCUCUUUGCAGCUGCCGGCACCACACUGAGCGCCCCCUUCAACUACAUCAGGCGAUGUACAAACGGAAUUGGGGGAAGAGAGUAG